UGAUAUCUUCAUUCUUUUAGCCAUAUUUGCCAACUGUGUCGCUCUGGGAGUUUCCAAACCGUUUCCUGAGGACGACUCCAACUCCACCAACCACGACCUGGAACAAGUGGAGUACGUCUUCCUCAUCAUCUUCACCAUAGAGACCUUCCUGAAGAUUUUGGCCUACGGUCUUGUGAUGCAUCCCAGUUCCUACAUCCGCAACGGAUGGAACCUCCUCGACUUUGUCAUCGUCAUCGUCGGUUUGUUCAGCGUCGUCUUGGAGACGAUGACUCAUAAAUCCGGCGAGGUGGCGACAACUCAUCACGUGCCAGGAAAACCUGGAGGUCUGGAUGUGAAAGCUCUGAGAGCCUUCAGGGUCCUAAGGCCCCUCAGAUUAGUGUCUGGGGUCCCAAGUCUGCAGAUCGUGCUGAACUCCAUCAUGAAGGCGAUGGUUCCUCUUCUCCACAUCGCCCUGCUGGUCCUCUUCGUCAUCAUCAUCUAUGCCAUCAUUGGCCUGGAGCUCUUCAUUGGCCGCAUGCACCGGACCUGCUACUACAAAGAGUCAGAUAACUACGUGGAGGACGACCCGGUCCCGUGUGCCUUCCUCGGUCACGGCCGUCAGUGCAGCAUUAACGGGACGGAGUGCCGGGGCCGGUGGGAUGGGCCCAACGGUGGAAUCACCAACUUCGACAACUUCUUCUUUGCCAUGUUGACGGUGUUCCAGUGCAUUACAAUGGAGGGCUGGACCGACGUUCUCUACUGGAUGAACGACGCAAUCGGCUUCGAGCUGCCGUGGGUUUAUUUUGUCAGCCUGGUGAUUUUCGGAUCCUUCUUUGUCCUCAACCUGGUUCUGGGAGUCCUCAGUGGAGAGUUCAGUAAGGAGAGGGAGAAGGCAAAGGCUCGUGGAGACUUCCAGAAGCUGAGGGAGAAGCAGCAGAUGGAGGAGGACCUGUGUGGAUACAUGGACUGGAUCACUCAGGCCGAGGACAUGGACGAGCUGGACGAAGAAGGCAACCCGCGUCCGUCUCUGGGAGAUCUGUCCGAUAAGAAGCGAGGGAAGUUUGGAUGGUUCAGUCACUCCACUGAAACACACGCUAGUCUUCCUGCGAGUGAAACUGCAUCUGAAAACACAGAAAACAUUGAUGAAGAGCACACCAACUGCUGCCAGAACUGCUGCUCUCGGAUCAUGAAGAUCAGCUGCUGUCGGACGCUGCGUCGCUGGAACAGGGUCUGUCGCAGGAACUGUCGCACCGCCGUCAAGUCUGUGACGUUCUAUUGGUUGGUUCUGCUGCUCGUCUUCCUCAACACCUCCCUCAGCGCGUCGGAACACUACAACCAACCCGAUUGGCUGACGGAGGUUCAAGACAUCGCCAACAAGGUGCUGCUGUCCCUUUUCACCGUGGAGAUGCUGCUGAAGAUGUACAGCCUGGGCCUAGCCCACUACUUUGUGGCCUUCUUCAACCGCUUUGACUGCUUCGUAGUGUGCGGCGGCAUUGUGGAGACCAUCCUGGUCGAGCUAGGAAUCAUGCCGCCGCUGGGCAUCUCCGUACUGCGCUGUGUUCGCCUGCUGAGGAUCUUCAAGGUCACACGGCACUGGACGGCCCUCUCCAACCUGGUGGCAUCGCUGUUGAACUCCAUGAAGUCCAUCGCCUCGCUGCUGCUGCUGCUCUUCCUCUUCCUCAUCAUUUUUGCUCUGCUCGGCAUGCAGCUGUUCGGGGGAAAGUUCAACUUUGACGAGACGCAGACCAAGCGCAGCACCUUCGACGCCUUUCCCCAGGCGCUGCUCACCUGCUUCCAGAUCCUAACCGGGGAGGACUGGAACAUGGUGAUGUAUGACGGCAUCAUGGCGUACGGUGGCCCAGUGUUUCCAGGGAUGAUCGUGUGCGUUUACUUUGUCAUCCUCUUCAUCUGCGGUAACUACAUCCUGCUGAACGUCUUCUUGGCCAUCGCCGUGGACAACCUAGCCGGAGGAGACGGAGACAAAGAGAAAAAUAAGAAGACGGAAGGAGCCAAGGAGGCUGAGGGCAGAGAGGGAGGAGAUGGAGGAGAAGAAAAAGAAGAAGAAGAGGAAGUAAAGGUGGACAUCGACGAAGACACAGAGUACGAGGAGGAGGAGGAGCCUCCUGAAGGAGCAGACGAUGCAGGAGUCCAGUUAAAGAUGGCCGACCUCACUCCUCCUAAAGAGAAGGUUCUUCCCAUUCCAGAAGGCAGUGCGUUCUUCUGCUUGAGCAAGACAAACCCCAUCCGUGUGUUCUGCCACACUCUGAUCCACCACCACAUCUUCACCAACCUCAUCCUCGUCUUCAUCAUCCUCAGCAGCUGCUCAUUGGCUGCCGAGGAUCCAAUCAGAGCCCACUCCUUCCGGAACAACAUUCUGGGCUAUGCGGACUACGCCUUCACCUCCAUCUUUACAGUGGAGAUUCUGCUAAAGGUGAGAAAGCUCUUCCACGCCAGAGGAAAGGACUCUCUUGGCUCUUCUUCUCUUGAUCUCGUUAUCUCUCUGGGACAGAUGGCAGUGCAUGGAGCAUUUCUUCACCAGGGCUCCUUCUGCAGGAACUGGUUCAACCUGCUGGACCUGCUGGUGGUCAGUGUGUCGCUGGUCUCCUUCUUCCUCCACUCCAGUGCCAUCUCUGUGGUGAAGAUCCUCCGAGUCCUCCGAGUAUUGAGACCUCUGAGGGCCAUCAACAGAGCCAAAGGCCUAAAACACGUGGUCCAGUGUGUGUUUGUCGCCAUAAAGACAAUAGGAAACAUCAUGAUCGUUACGACUCUUCUUCAGUUCAUGUUCGCCUGCAUCGGAGUCCAGCUCUUCAAGGGUAAAUUCUAUCGCUGCACAGAUGAAGCCAAACACACACCUGAUCAGUGCAAAGGGACCUUCGUGGUCUACAAAGACGGAGACGUGAACCACCCCAUGGUGAGAGAGAGGAUCUGGCUGAACAGUGACUUUAACUUCGACAACGUGCUAAUGGGGAUGAUGGCGCUUUUCACCGUCUCCACCUUCGAGGGCUGGCCCGCGCUGCUCUACAAGGCCAUCGACGCUAACGGGGAGAACUCGGGCCCCAUCUACAACUACCGGGUUGAGAUCUCCAUCUUCUUCAUCGUCUACAUCAUCAUCAUUGCCUUCUUCAUGAUGAACAUCUUUGUGGGCUUUGUCAUCAUCACCUUCAGGGAGCAGGGGGAGCAGGAGUACAAGAACUGUGAGCUGGACAAGAACCAGCGUCAGUGUGUGGAGUUCGCACUGAAGGCUCAGCCUCUGAAGCUCUACAUCCCAAAGAACCCAGUUCAGUUCAAGUUCUGGUCCAUCAUCAACUCCACCGGGUUCGAGUAUGUGAUGUUUGUGCUCAUCCUUCUUAACACCGUCACGCUGGCUGUUCAGCACUACGAGCAGUCUAAGAAGUUCAGCCAUAUAAUGGACAUCCUCAACAUGGUCUUCACCGGACUCUUCACAGCCGAGAUGCUGCUUAAGCUGCUGGCCCUCAGGCUCAGGCAUUACUUUGUGGACGCGUGGAACUCCUUCGACGCUCUGAUCGUCGUCGGCAGUGUCGUUGAUAUUGUGGUCACCGAAUUUAGUAGUGGGGAGGACAGCUCUCGGGUGUCGAUCACCUUCUUCCGUCUAUUUCGAGUGAUGCGAUUGGUCAAGCUGCUGAGUAAAGGGGAGGGUAUUCGUACUCUAUUGUGGACUUUCAUCAAAUCACUGCAGGCUUUGCCGUAUGUAGCUCUGCUCAUCGCCAUGAUCUUCUUCAUCUACGCCGUUAUCGGGAUGCAGACCUUUGGGAAAGUAGCAAUGCAGGAUCUCACUCAGAUCAACAGAAACAACAAUUUCCAAACAUUUCCUCAGGCUGUCCUCCUCCUCUUCAGGUGUGCGACAGGUGAGGCGUGGCAGGAGAUCAUGCUGGCCAGUCUUCCAGGUAAACGCUGUGACCCAGAGUCUGACUACGAACCAGGUGAAGAGUUCAGCUGUGGAAGCAAUUUCGCUAUUGUGUACUUCAUCAGCUUCUUUAUGCUGUGUGCUUUCCUGAUCAUUAACCUUUUUGUCGCCGUCAUCAUGGACAACUUUGACUAUCUGACACGUGAUUGGUCGAUUCUGGGACCGCAUCACCUGGACGAGUUCAAGCGGAUCUGGUCUGAAUACGACCCGGAGGCCAAAGGUCGUAUCAAACAUCUGGACGUGGUGGCUCUGCUGAGGAGGAUUCAGCCUCCUCUGGGUUUUGGGAAGCUUUGUCCUCACAGAGUGGCUUGUAAGCGUCUGGUAGCAAUGAACAUGCCUUUGAAUGCAGAUGGGAUGGUCACCUUUAACGCUACGCUUUUCGCUCUGGUUCGAACGGCACUGAAGAUAAAGACUGAAGGUAACCCUGACCAGGAGAACGAGGAGCUGAGGGGAAUCAUCAAGAAGAUCUGGAAGAGAAUGAAACCAAAGCUACUAGAUGAAGUAAUACCACCACACGAAGAGGAGGAAGUCACAGUCGGCAAGUUUUAUGCAACAUUCCUGAUUCAGGAUUACUUCAGAAAGUUCAGGAAGAGGAAAGAGAAGGGAGACCUACCCGGAGAAUCUGACACCACCAACCCAUCGGCUGUUCAGCUGUGUAAAGCCGGACUAAAGACUCUUCAGGAUCUGGGUCCAGAGAUGCGUUUGGCUCUGAACGAGGACCUGGAGGACGAUGACGAGGUUGCGAUUGAGGACGAGGAGCUACAGGAGGAGAUGUACCAAGGUGACAGCGUCGGACUGGAGCGAGAACGCAGAGGUUCUGCAUUGGCCACGCCCACUGGUCCCUGUGGUCUGGCGGUAGAGGGUGGGGUCUCUAACGGCGGUCUGAUCCACCGGGUCGGCUCCGUCAUUAAGACACCGAACUGUGGCGAGCAUGACCAACGCCGUCGCCGUGGAGACGCAGACAGGUGUUUUGUCAACCUUCAUCAUCAGAGGCGAAGGAACGGAGAGAAGAAGAGACACUACAGGAGGGACUCCAGGGACCGAUCCUGGAGGAACGGAGACGUGGAGACGUACGGAGAGCAGGGCUACUACAGCAGGGAGGAGGACAACGACAGCAUCAGCUCCAGAGACAGACAUUGCCCUGACGAACCUCCUCAGUACAGAGACCACUAUGAUGGCCACGCACCCUUCUCUGAUGGUAACUAUGGUAACGGUUACAGCGAGGCCAUGAGGACAACCCGGAGACGCCUACUUCCUGCCACGCCCACAGGUCGGAAGCCAUCAUUCAACAUCCAGUGCCUGAGGAGACAAGGCAGCAGUGACGACCUCCCGAUCCCCGGGACAUACCACCCCACCUCCCCCCCCCGCCGCACACGAACACAGCAGACAUUCAGCAGUUAUGAGUCUCGUCACUCAUCCGGUCGCUCCUCUGCAGCUUCCUCGGCCUCCUGGGCAAACCCGUGUCCUCGCCGCGGUCGUCUCCUAUACGCUCCUCUCAUUCUGGUGGAAGAGGAGGGCAGCCCACCAUGGGGCGGAGGAGGACGAGGAGGACAAGAGGGGAAGACGGGAGGUGCAGAAAGAGGUGUCAAUGUGACAGGUGCAGCACCAGCCUGGUACGGAGGCCCUGCAGGGACAUCAGCUCCACCCCCCUACAAAGCCUACACCACCCUCAGAGUUCCCUCCCAGCUCGGUGCUCAGCUGACAGAAAAGCGAGGAUCGGCGGACAGCCUGGUGGAGGCGGUUCUCAUAUCUGAGGGGCUUGGCCUCUACGCCCGGGAUCCGAAGUUCGUGGCAUUCGCCAAGCGUGAGAUUGCCGAUGCGUGUCACAUGACGGUGGACGAAAUGGAGUCGGCGGCCAGUGACCUGCUGGGCAGCCCGGCUCUGCUCGCCGACCCUGCGGCACUCUACAGCGACGAGGAGCCAAUCAGGACGGGCCAUGACGAGGAUGAGCUGGCCGAUGAAAUGACCUGCGUGACGUCGUUCUGACGCUCCCAACCAAUCAGAGACGAGACUUGAGAGGGGGCAUAGUCUGACCGAUACGGUGACGGGCUCGACAGGAGGGCAGGGUUUAACAAAAUUCCGACAUUGGUGGAGAACAGAGGAAAAUGUCCACCAGCCGGAAGGACGCAUUCACCGUGGUGACUGUAGCUAUGCUGCACAGCUUAACAGUUACUGUAGGACAGCCAAACUUUUAUUAGUGACAAACCAUGGAGGCUAAUGGCGUGUUUCCACCGAGCGGUACGGUACGGUACGGGUUGGGUCUGUUAACCAUGAUUUGGCGAGCAAAUUCCAAAUGACGACACUCUUUCAACCAAUCAACGUUCAGCAGUGAGUCUAGCUCCACCCUUUAGUACCAAAAAACUGUGCCAGGUACCCCAACGGAAGAGUACCCAAAAAGUACGGUACGGAUUUUUGGUACCAUUCCCAACUUUUGGCAGUGGAGACACAAAUAAAACGGUACCAACACGACCCGUACCGCACCGUACCGCUCGGUGGAAACGCGCCAUAAAUCAGUGAAGCUAGCUUAGCUACAGCUAAAGCUAACAGAUGGCGUCAUCACUGCUGUAUAUUCUGUUUGUUUUAAUGUUUCAUGUAUCACUUUUUUUUUGUUAAAUUAAGAAAGGUCCACAGUCAAUCGUGAUUUCAGUGUGAUUUUGAUUGAUGUGUUUUUAUUCUCAUAAACAACCAUUUUUUUGUUGA